CCUUGAUCGUGGCUCUUCUCCUAGAGCCCGAUCAUAGAGCUAUAGCUACAGCUCAAUGAAUUUGCUGCACAGAAUGAAGAGAGCUUUGGUUGCUAUAUCUACACGAAUCAAUUCUCGUAAAUCUGGUGGUGGUGUAGGCAGAGGUGGCAGCACUAGUACAAGUGAUUAUGGUCUGUUGAAACUACGAGAUGAUGUACAGAUGUGUGGAUACAAAGAUGUGCAAGUUAUGUGGAAAAUAUUAAGCGGAUCACAGAUAGAUCAGCAGAUGGCUAAUGCUGCAGCAGCAGCUAAAAGUGAAACCACAGUGGCUCAACCUCUCAAACGCAACAAGAAACGUCGACCCUUUUGGAAAUUGUUCUUUUGGAAUAACCAUAGGGGCACAUCCUCUUUGUUUAGUUAAAUUAUACUAGUAAUUUGGAA